CGUUUCUUUCUUCAUUUCAAUCUCUCAACUCAGUUUCUCACAUCACUCACAACACUCUUUCGAGAGAGAGAGAGCGAGAUCUCACAGAUCCAGAUCUGCAUUCUGCUUCACCCUCUUCUCCUCUUUAGUUCUCCCUGGUUCUUCAUCUCCAAUCCCUAAUUCUACAAUCUCCACACCCUCUCUCCCCCAAUUGCUCAUCAGAUCUGAAACAAAUGGAGAAAUCGUGCAGUUUGGUGGUGCACUUCGACAAGGGAACGCCGGCACUAGCCAACGAGAUCAAGGAAUCUCUCGAAGGAAACGACGUCGGAGCCAAGAUCGACGCGCUCAAGAAAGCGAUCAUGCUCCUCCUCAACGGCGAAACCAUCCCUCAGCUCUUCAUCACCAUAAUCCGCUACGUUCUCCCCUCCGAGGACCACACCGUGCAGAAGCUCCUCCUUCUCUACCUCGAGAUCAUUGACAAAACCGAUUCCCGCGGCAAGGUUCUCCCGGAGAUGAUCCUCAUCUGCCAGAAUCUCCGCAACAACCUCCAGCACCCUAACGAGUACAUCCGCGGUGUCACCCUCCGCUUCCUCUGCCGUCUCAACGAAUCCGAGAUCAUCGAGCCUCUCAUCCCUUCGAUUCUCUCCAAUCUCGAGCACCGCCACCCCUUCGUCCGCCGCAACGCCGUCCUCGCUAUCAUGUCUGUGUACAAGCUCCCCCAGGGCGAGCAGCUUCUCGAUUCCGCGCCGGAGAUCGUUGAGAAGUUUCUCUCCACCGAGCAGGACCCUUCCAGCAAGCGCAACGCGUUUCUCAUGCUGUUUUCAUGCGCGCAGGAUCGCGCUAUCAAUUACCUUCUCAGCAACAUUGAGAGGAUCACUGAUUGGGGUGAGCAGCUUCAGAUGGUGGUGCUGGAGCUGAUUCGGAAGGUUUGCAGGAACAAUAAGGGUGAGAAAGGGAAGUAUAUUAAGAUUAUUAUAUCAUUGUUGAAUGCACCUUCUGCUGCUGUUAUUUAUGAAUGUGCUAGUACUCUUGUGUCGCUUUCUUCGGCUCCGACCGCGAUUAAAGCGGCGGCGAGCACUUACUGCCAGCUUUUGCUUUCUCAGAGCGAUAACAAUGUGAAGCUUAUUGUGCUUGAUCGCCUGAAUGAGCUUAAGAGCUCUAACAGGGAGAUCAUGGUUGAGAUGGUGAUGGAUGUCCUCAGGGCACUGUCCACCCCAAACCCUGAUAUUAGGAGGAAGACUAUUGAUAUUGCCCUCGAGCUCAUUACUCCUAGGAACAUUGAUGAGGUUGUUAUGAUGCUUAAGAAGGAGGUUGUGAAGACUCAGAGUGGGGAGCAUGAGAAGAAUGGGGAGUAUAGGCAGAUGCUGGUGCAAGCUAUUCAUACUUGUGCUAUUAAGUUUCCUGAGGUGGCGAGUACUGUUGUUCAUCUCUUGAUGGACUUCUUGGGGGAUUCCAAUGUUGCUUCUGCCAUGGAUGUGGUUGUGUUUGUGCGUGAGAUCAUUGAGACUAACCCGAAGCUGCGUGUUUCUAUAAUCACCAGGCUCUUGGAUACUUUCUACCAAAUCCGGGCUGCGAGGGUUUGUUCAUGUGCUCUGUGGAUAAUUGGUGAGUAUUGCUUGUCACUUUCAGAGGUUGAGAGCGGAAUUGCCACUAUUAAGCAAUGUCUUGGUGACCUCCCAUUUUAUACUCUCACCGAAGAUGGAGAAGGUCAGGACACAUCAAAAGCCACACAGCAGGUUAACUCAGGCACUGUGUCCUCUAGGAGGCCUGCAAUUCUAGCAGAUGGGACCUAUGCUACCCAAAGUGCUGCUCUUGAAACUGCCAUGUCACCACCUACCCUCGUACAGGGUUCGCUGUCUUCUAUUGGGAACUUGAGAUCACUGAUUCUUUCAGGUGAUUUUUUUCUCGGGGCAGUAAUUGCGUGCACGCUGACAAAACUUGUUCUGAGGUUGGAAGAGGUUCAGACUUCAAAAGUUGAAGUUAACAAAGCAACUUCACAGGCCUUAUUGAUCAUGGUUUCAAUGCUGCAGCUGGGCCAGUCUUCAGUUCUUCCUCAUCCAAUUGAUAGUGAUUCUCAUGACAGGAUUGUCCUUUGCAUUAGAUUGCUGUGCAACACGGGUGAUGAGAUAAGGAAGAUAUGGCUGCAAUCUUGCAGGGAGAGCUUUGUGAAAAUGCUUGCUGAUAAGCAGCGCCGUGAGACGGAGGAAAUUAAAGCAAAGGCUCAAAUAUCCAAUGCACAGCCUGAUGAUCUUAUUGAUUUCUACCAUUUGAAGAGCAGAAAGGGCAUGAGCCAACUUGAGCUUGAAGAUGAGGUUCAGGAUGAUCUGAAACGUGCUACUGGAGAGUUUACAAAGGAUUCAGAUGAUGCAAAUAAGCUCAAUCGCAUACUUCAGCUCACUGGAUUCAGUGAUCCUGUUUAUGCCGAAGCAUAUGUAACAGUGCAUCAUUAUGACAUUGUCCUCGAAGUUACGGUCAUCAACCGAACUAAGGAGACCCUCCAGAAUUUGUGUUUGGAGUUAGCAACCAUGGGGGACCUCAAACUUGUUGAGCGCCCACAAAACUAUACUCUAGCUCCAGAAUCAAGCAAACAGAUUAAGGCCAACAUCAAGGUUUCUUCAACUGAAACAGGAGUUAUAUUCGGUAACAUAGUUUAUGAGACAUCUUCUAAUGUUCUUGAGAGAACAGUUAUUGUUCUAAAUGAUAUACAUAUUGAUAUCAUGGAUUACAUCUCUCCUGCAUCUUGUGCUGAUGUGGCCUUCAGAACUAUGUGGGCUGAGUUUGAGUGGGAAAACAAGGUUGCUGUAAAUACAGUAUUGCAAGAUGAGAGGGAUUUUCUGAGCCACAUCAUCAAGUCAACUAAUAUGAAAUGCCUGACCCCACCAUCUGCAUUGGAAGGGGAUUGUGGUUUCCUAGCUGCAAACCUUUAUGCUAAGAGUGUCUUUGGGGAAGAUGCUUUAGUGAAUGUGAGCAUUGAAAAGCAAGCAGAUGGUAAGUUGAGUGGAUACAUCAGGAUAAGAAGUAAAACCCAGGGAAUCGCCCUCAGUCUUGGGGAUAAGAUAACUUUGAAACAGAAAGGAGCCGCUUGAUAGGAGCAAAUGCCCCAUUUUCUCUUAUGCUUCCUUGCUUGUAUGUCUUCUUAUCAACUCUGUGCAGCUUCUGGUGGCAGCUAACUUCAAGCUUGAUUAUUGCUUCAGAUUCUUGUGGCUUUGGUAGCAGCCAACUCGUUAGUAUUAAUUUUCUCUUUUGAGGUUCCAUUUUUGUCUGUAUUCUUUCCUUGGAUGUUACUUAAGAAAAAUCCUUAUUACCCAUCUUUUAUUUUUCUAUACAUGAAUUUGGGACACCGUAUAUUGAUAUGAGAAUCAAUCAUUGACUAUUUGUUCUGGCAGCCCGUAAUGAUAACGGUAGUUUUUAUGUGAA